GGGAGUGCACGGGCGGCCGCGGGCUCCGGCAGUGUCCCCGGGCAUGGCGGGCCCGGGCAGCGACGGGGACCUGCGGCGCCUGCUGAAGCUGCACCGCACCGAGAUCGCCAUGGCAGUGGACGACGUCUUCCCGCUGCUGCAUGGCCUGGCCGACCACGAUGUCGUCCCUGACCACAUCUUCAAGGAGACACUGAGCCGGACGGAGCGGGAGGGCUCCCACCGCGCUUUCCACGCGCUGCUCACCUGGCUGCUGGGCCGCGACACCGCCGCCGUCCGAGACUUCUGGGCCGUCCUCUUCAAGGACUACAACCUGGAGCGGUACUCCCGGCUCCGGCCUCUCCGCGGCGCCUUCCCCAGAGAGGUGGAGCUGGGGCGGCAGCGCCGUGGAAGGCGUCUCUCCCCGAGCCCCACAGCACCGGCCCCACACAGACCCCAAGGCAAGAGGAAAGCCCCUGAGGAACGGGACAAGGCCCGGACGGCACAGCCCGCUCCACGGCACAGUGCCAGUCCUGGGCCCCUAGUGAAGGCAAAGACUGUGAAGAAGCCGGAGGGCACAGAUAACUCCCGCACCUCUCGUGCCAGCACUCUCCAGGCAGUGGCUGCCUCGGUGCAGAGAGCGGUGGCUGUGGCAGGUGGUGAGGUGCCUGUCACCCGUGGGUCCAUCGAGGGCAUCCUCAUGAAACACGUGCUGGAUCCAAGCCACUCCAAGACAGGCAGCAGAGCUGGUGACAAGCCAUAUACCCCAACUGCCUGCGAGGAGCCAGAGGCCAGGAGCAGAAGCCACAGCCUGAAGCCCCCUGCCCAGCCCAAGGUAUGCCAAAGUGUGGACACCCCCCUCAGAUGUUUUCACCCCCAUCUUGUGCAGCUGUCAAGGCUGUGGCAGGGGGUUGUUCCUGCAUGGCAUCAUAGCCAUGGCCUGGGGGUGUCCCCCAGUGCAAGCAGUGCCUCUCCAAACCCCUUUUUGUCUCACAACAGAACAGGGAACCCCAAUUGCACCCCCAGGGCCAGCUGCAAGCAGCCACUGUCUACAGCCAGGACCUUGUGCCCCACCAGGAAACACAGGGCUCAGCUACUGGGGGUGCACCAUGUUCCUACUCCCAAGAAACAGGCUAUUUUACCACCCCUGAAAGGAUUGACCUUGCCACAGCUAUGGCUUCAGCCCAUGAGGGUGGCAGUGACCCCCUGCCCACUCCCCCGGGAACAGGAGAAUGAGGAUGAGUGUGCAGCAUGCGGUGAUGGCGGUGAGCUCAUCUGCUGUGACGGCUGCCCCAGGGCCUUCCACCUUGCCUGCCUGGUGCCCCCGCUGCCUCACGUCCCCAGCGGGACAUGGCGGUGUGGCUCCUGUGUGGAGAAUGUGACUGAACCAGGCCAGCUGCUGGAGGCAGACUUGCCAGUGGAGAGACCCGCUGAGGUCCUGGGGGAGGCGGCACGGGACACCCAGCCGGGUGGAGGGGAGGGGAGCGUCUGCAGCCGCUGCUGCACCCGGAUCCUCACUCCCCACCACUGUCCUGCUCCCAGUGGGGACCCCAGGGGGCUACAGCUGUGCAUGUCCUGCAUGGGCACCCUGGACACAGGCAGUCUGGGCACUACUGCAGCAGCUGGAGACCAACUGCUUCCAGCAGCCAAGGCAGAAGAUGGAGCCCUUGGCACUGACCCUGUGCUGAGCCGGGAGGAGCUCGAUGCGCUGCUAGGUGAGAGCACGUGGGAUGGGAUCUUGCAGUGGGCAUUCCAGACCAUGGCACGGCCGCUAACAGAAACACAGGGCCUCCUCGCCUAGUACACAGACCAAGCAGCACACUCCAAAACCCAGGCCAUGAAAAAGCACCCUCUGAGAAAUACAUCAGUAAAGACAAAAAGAGGCAUCAUGACAGCACAAAGAACUCUCAGAAUAAAACACUAUCAACAGAACAUCACAAAGUGAUACAGAAGUGAACUGCAGGCCACAUACAGUGACAAUCAAGGGACAAGAGCAAAACGGAAACUGUGCAUAACAAACAUGCAAAAGUCAACAUAAAAAAAAAAAAUAAAAAAAUUUAAAACCA